AUAAGUUUUAAAAACUGGUCAUGAAUGUUACUGCAGCAGAAAAGUUUUUGGGACUUAAGGAUUUUACAUCUGAAGACCGGAAGAACCGCUCUCCCAGGUUCCCCUUGGGCCUGUGUAGGGAUCCGAUCUGUUUUAUUUUUUUAACAGAAAAGUUGUUUAAUUUAUUUUAUUUUAUUGGUCGUUUUUUGUUUGUUCAGUUUUUUUGGGGAAUCCUGUUUCCAUCCGCAUAGUAGGUGGCGGGUUGCACAUUCGAUUGUGUGAUCGCCAAUAUACCAUAGAAGAAGAAGAAGAACGAGUGUUGCUAUUUACAUCCAAACCAGUUGAGAUAUUUAUGUUGUCAUCACAUACUGUACGUUUAUUACCGAUGAUCCAGCAGUUGUAUUUUUCUGCAAAGGCGAAGAAGUAACGACCACGUCAAAUAGAACAAAGCCUACUUGCCAUCUAACGUUUCAGAUUCCUGCCUGACUGAGGAGAGUCGGAACGUCCAAAACUCUGAAGAAUCCUGUAUUAGGAUUUCCAGCAGUGUCCAGAUGGUGUGGGUGUUCCUCAUGAACCGGAUGGGGUCUCAGGGCAGCACAGUGGCCCAGCGGAGACGCACAGCCCUGGGGGUGGUCAUCCUCCUGCUGGUGGAUGUCAUCUGGGUGGCCUCCUCUGAGCUCACCUCAUACAUAUUCAAGCGGCAGGAGUACAACAAGCCCUUCUUCAGCACAUUCACCAAGACCUCCAUGUUUGUGCUGUACCUGCUGGGGUUCCUGCUGUGGCGGCCAUGGAGGCAGCAAUGCACGGGCAGUCUCCAGGGACGACACGCAGCCUUUUUUGCUGAUGCCGAGGCCUACUUUACCCCCUGUAUCAAUGACACCAGUUUGAAUGACCAUACCCUAAGUGAACCCCUGUAUGUUCCAGUGAAGUUUCAGGACCUUCCGACUGAACAGACAAACUGUGCCAAUGGAGAUUGUGAUUCCACCUAUAAAAAGCAGCGGGUGCGCUUCAGCAACAUCAUGGAGGUGCGCCAGCUCCCGUCCACACAGGCCCUGGAGGCCAAGCUAUCACGCAUGUCCUACCCCGCCGCGAAGGACCACGAGUCCAUGCUCCGCACAGUGGGAAAGCUCACCGUCACCGACGUGGCCAAGAUCAGUUUCUUCUUCUGCUUUGUGUGGUUCCUAGCCAACCUCUCCUACCAAGAGGCCCUGUCGGACACGCAGGUUGCCAUAGUGAACAUUCUGUCCUCCACUUCAGGUCUCUUCACCCUCAUCCUGGCGGCCAUAUUUCCCAGUAAUAGCAGCGACCGCUUUACUCUGUCCAAGCUCUUAGCUGUGGCUCUGAGCAUGGGAGGAGUGGUUCUGGUCAGUUUCUCCAGCAUGGAUAGCACUGACGGAAAAGGCACUAUAGGCUCUCUGUGGUCGUUGGCUGGGGCUGCUCUGUACGCAGUCUACAUCGUCAUGAUCAAGAGGAAGGUGGACCGGGAGGACAAGCUGGACAUCCCCAUGUUCUUUGGGUUUGUGGGGUUGUUCAACCUGCUCCUCCUGUGGCCAGGGUUCCUUGUGCUUCACUACACGGGCUUCGAGGCCUUUGAGCUGCCCAGCAAGCUGGUGUGGAUCUACAUCCUCAUCAACGGCCUCAUCGGUACCGUGCUCUCCGAGUUCCUCUGGCUCUGGUGCGUCUCGGUUGAUGGAGGGAUUGAACGGCCACAUAUUAUGGGCUGCUUUCUCACCUCCUCCCUAAUAGGCACUCUGGCCCUCAGCCUCACUAUCCCACUCUCCAUCAUAGCAGACAUAUGCAUGCAGAAGGUGCGUUUCUCCUGGCUGUUUUUCGCUGGAGCGGUUCCCGUAUUCCUCUCCUUCUUCAUCGCCACUCUGUUAUGUCACUACAACAACUGGGACCCUGUCAUGGUGGGCCUACGAAGAGUGUUUGCCUUCAUAUGCCGCUCGAAACACCGGAUUCAAAGAUUGCCAGAAGAUAGCGAACAGUGUGAAAGCCUUAUUCCCUUACACACUGUCUCCCAUGACAAUGAAAGCUUCUGCUCGUGAUCUACCAGCCAAUCACAAGAUGGUGAAUCCAGCGCAGAGCGGCACGCUGAAGGUGAAGUGACAAUCUCCAAGCGACCAAACAGAGACCUUACCCCCAGUGCCUGUUAUUCAACCUAUUUAUUCUCUGCAGUGUGGAGAUGACCGAUCCAUCUCUACAAGAUGAACUCUUUUUUCCUUUGUACAAUGUUGACGCGACUCGUCUUUGACUGAGAUCGUGUGUGUUUUGUUAUGUCGGAUAUCGUUGUGUAAAAAGAAAAACUUGAUGGUACUGAAAGUGCUUUUCUCAAUGGUUCAUAAUGUUAUGUGGCCACUUGAAAUGGUACGAGUUUAAAUAAUGGGACAGAGGCUUCAGUCAGGCCAUAAGAAGAAGAAGAGCAAGGUCACUUCUCUUGUGGAAGCGAUUUUAACCAAUAAAAGGGGUAUUGUCUUUGUUCCAAACAGAAAAGUGCUUCGAUUGGCUAAUGUAGAUGUAUCCUCUUGUUGGUUUUCUAUAGCCUCACUGCUUGUUCACAGGUGUGGGUUUGGAGCAGGCAAAAUUCAGACCUGCUAAUCUAGAAAUAGUAUGGUUGGUCAUGGACUUCAUUAUCAGGCCAUUUAGGUGACUUACAAAUCUGAUUUACCGAUCUGGCCAUAUUCACAAAUGGUCUCAGAGUAGGAGUAUUGAUAUAGGAUUCGUGUAGCCUUUUAGAUCAUAAUAAAUAUAAUUAUAUGGACAGGGAGGACCUGUACUAGAUCAGCACUGCUACUCUGAGACACUUUUUGAAUACAGGCCCAUUUGUGCAGUGCUUGCUCCGAAUCACUGUGAACAUGCAGUCUCUGAAGUUUGAGAUUAGAAGAGAGCUGAGCACAGCUGUUGACUACCGCCUUUGAUUUCUCCCCCAUACUCUACAUCCCUCCAUCUCUAGCCCCUGGCAGCCAGGCAAUGCUGGAUCAUGAAGGAAAACUGUGAUGAAGACGUUUGUAUGUGUUUGAAUGUGAACUAACACUAACCCCUCAACUAAACUAAGCUACAAUACAAAAGUUAUAAUGCUGCUGCCUUUUCAACCGAAAACAGUUACCAUCUCAAAACAGGUGUAAAUACUGUACUACGCCAUGAAAUGCAAAUAAAGUAUUGUUACUUUAGUUUGUAUUUCGCAUAAUGACCCUUCUAUACAAAUCUAGCCUAUAUGUUCAGAUGUUUUAGUCCACAUUUUUUGGGGUAAAUCUUGACUAUGUUAUGACACUAAAAAAGGAGGCAUGGAUUUAAAACAGACCAAGUAAAUUGAUUUUGCAGUAUGGUUAACAAAAACACUAUUUCUCAUCCAAUUAAGUUCCCUUAGUCUUAAUAGAGACAAUUAGCUAAUAAUGAUCUGUUUUAUUGCAUCUGAGAUUUUCUACCACUCCUCGGUGGGCAUUAGGUGCCACGAAUGGAGACUUGAUCUGAUUUGAUUAUCUUUCAACAAUUCUGUUAAUGGACCAUUUUAUGCCAUGAAAAUGUUUGUAUGUCCAACAAUUGUAUUUUAGACAUUUUGUUUGAUCAGCACAUACAAUGCAAAUCAAUCACCCACUCCCUCUUAUUCUGCUGAUGAUUUUAAUUUGAUGAGUAAAAUCAUUUUUUUUUAGUUUAUCUAACCGUUGAUGUACACCAUGACAAGGGGCAUGUUAUCAAAAAUGUUCCACCAGCUGUCAACCAGUGUACAGAACUUUAUGGAGUGUUUGCUCAGUGUGGAUAUGAGACAUUUUAUGACUGGAGAUAACUGCCGGAAGUAAUUACUUGCCCUGUAAACUGUAAAAAAGUUUAGCCCCUCAAGAGCCAUCUUUAACUUUGUAUAACUCUGUUUUAUUUUCACAUUGUCCAAAAAAAAUUAUACCCUAGACAAUAGCUUUUAUCACCAUCAGCUAUGAUUAAUGCACCAAGGAAGUCAGCUGUGAGAUGUAUUUGGUUGUUUAAUUCACGGGGUUCCUGUAGUCUAUUUAUACUUGCAAAAAACCCAGAAACUCUGAAACUGUACGUCCUAUGAAAGUUGAUAAGCUAAAGUUUAGAUAUGAAACAAAUGAUCAUAUCCCCCAUAUCAUCCAUUUGAAGAGUUUAUUAUCAUGUUUUUAAAAUGUAUGCGUUUUCAAAAAUGAAAAUCAUAUUUUUUCAAUGGUGCUUACGAAAUGUGCGUAUAUCGUAUUUUUUUUCUUUCUCAGGUACUUUGUGGAAGACUGACUUUAUUUUCCUUUGUCCAAUUAGAUUUUGUUUUGAUAAUUUUCCUUUUUAUUAAUGGAUCUCUUUUUAAAAUAUGUAUACAGAUUUAUAAAAGUGUGAUCAUCAUAGUUUACUGUAUCAUCACAAGCUCUUUUAAAGGAAAGAUUCACCCAUUUUGAAUGUUAUAUCGUUUUUGUGCAUCUCUGAGCGAUGUUCUAUCGAUUCCUGGGAUCAUGCACAAAAACGAUAUAACAAAAAAUGGGUGAAUGUGAAUCUUUCCUUAAAGAGUCUUUGUUGUUCCGUAAGUCCUUUUUCAAUGUUAUGCUGCACUAUUAAAACUAUGUGAAGAUGUAUUUUCA